AUGUGGGUAGAAGUUAAGUGGAAUGAUCAAAUACAUUUCAAAAAGGGAUAUAAAUUCAAGGAAUUAUGGAGAAGAUGGAUGUCCAGUGAGCCGAAAAGAGAUUUGCGGUUUGUGGGGAAUGGAGGUUACGGAAGAUUAGGUUUAGGGAGCUUGGAGUCUCAGUGGAGGCCUGUCCCUGUGUUUGCUCUGCCUGAGAAUCAGUGGUUAAAGCCAUUGCUUGUGGUGGCGCCAUACCCUCUUCUUACUGAUAAUGGCCGCGUUUAUGCUGCUGGUCUUAAUGAUUUUGGACAGCUCGGCAGAUCAGAAAAUAUAAGUUAUUCUUUGGAGCCAAUUGAAGUAUCUGGAUUUGGGGAAGGGUUGUGCACAUCUCAACUGUGGAUGGGGAGCUCUACAUUUGGGGAAAGAAACUCCAAUGGACAGCUUGGUCUUGGAAAAGUAACGCAUGAACCUCAACUUAAUGUUAAUGUUAUGUCUGCGUCUUAUAUGAAGGAGAGGUUUGUUGGGGAGGAGGAGGGUCUGGAAGACUUGGAUGGCCAUGAAUCAAGCAUUUUAGGGUUCUUAAGAAGCUCCAGUGUGAUACAAUCUAGCUACCGAGGUCAAAAUGCAGCUGCUGGGCUUCUGCAUUCGGCGUGCAUUGAUGGUAUUUCAUCAACUUUUCUUGUGCCUAAUCUUCUCCAUGAUGUCUCUUAUCUGACUAAGGUGGUGGGGAAUUAUACACUUGGGGCUCCAAUGAGAAUGGCUGCCUUGGUAUCGGUUCUACAGAUGCCUUUCAUUCACCUGAAAGAGUUCAAGGUCCUUUUUCUAGAUUCCUGUUUACAAGGUCUCUUGUGGCUGGAAGCAUACAGCAGCAACUCCGAAGGCAACGUCUUCACCUGGGGCUGGGGUGGUUCUCAUGGAACAUUCUCUGAAGAUGGGUACUCGUCUGGUGGACAAUUGGGUCAUGGAAAUGAUGUUGACUUCAUAAAACCUAAAAUGGUAAACUUUGGAAAGAACGUGAAAGCAUUGCAAGUAUCAUGUGGAUUCAAUCACAGUGGUGCAGUACUUGAAUAUGUCUAA